AUGGCGGAUCGGCUCACACAGCUACAGGACGCUGUCAAUUCGCUUGCAGAUCAGUUUUGUAAUGCCAUUGGAGUAUUGCAGCAGUGUGGUCCUCCUGCCUCUUUCAGUAACAUUCAGACAGCAAUUAACAAAGAUCAGCCAGCCAACCCUACAGAAGAAUAUGCCCAGCUUUUUGCAGCGCUGAUUGCGAGAACCGCCAAAGAUAUAGAUGUUCUGAUAGAUUCCUUACCCAGUGAAGAAUCCACAGCUGCUCUGCAGGCUGCUAGCUUAUAUAAGCUAGAAGAAGAAAACCAUGAAGCUGCUACGUGCCUGGAGGACGUUGUGUAUCGGGGAGACAUACUUCUGGAAAAGAUACAAAGUGCCCUUGCUGAUAUCGCACAGUCACAGCUGAAGACCCGAAGUGGUACCCACAGCCAGUCUCUUCCAGACUCAUAGUGCCACCGGAUCCCAUGUGACUGAGAAAAGGACUAUUUUAGUGCAGCUAUAAAUUCUAUGUCAGCUACUGAAGCAAGCCUUACCAACCAUACAAAAAGCAUUAAGUAUCAUGGUGUGGGCUAACAUUUUAAGUUAUGUUAGUAAUCUGUUUUCACUCUUGAUAAGUCAGCUGGCAAAGUGUGAUUGAAUCAGCUUUAAGCUAUCAUACCAUUUUUAUUAUCUGAAAGAAAUUUUUUGAGGUAUUACACUCGUUAUAAUUAAAUGUACACUGUUGUAACAAAUUUCUGUAUUAAUCAUGUUUCUAGAAUCCUUAACCUAAUUAUAAUAUCCUUUGAGCUAGAGAAGUGAUAAAUGUGGGUGAGCCAUGGGAUAUUUUGAUUUAGUUUGGUAUCCUUUGAAUAUCUCUAGAGGUGAUAUUGUAUAAAUUUGGAACCCUCGGCAGGGAAACUUGAAAACUGUUGCUUUUAGAAAACUGAAGAAGGGUUGCUGUGGCUGAAUGAGAGGUUGUUAAUCAGGUGCCAUCAAGUUGGUUCUGACCCAUCUCUGUUCUGUACAUAACUAAACAAAAUCUUCCUGGUCCCGUACCAUCCUCCUAACUGAUGUUAUUCUUGAACCUGUUGUUGUCGGUACUGUGUCAUCUCAUCGAGGGUUUUGAUAGUUGGGUUUUGUGUCAACUUGGCUGUACCAGGAUUCUCAACAGUUUGGCAGUUAAAGCUUAGUAACUCUGUGAUGUGAUUUAACACAAUGUGAUCAACGCCAUAAUGGGAUGCCCUGUAAGCAGCCAAGCAACUUUAAGAAGAUUCGGAGGGGAAAAAUGAGGACCUAAUGUCGGGGUUUAAGUGGAGAGAAAAUGUUUUGAGAAUGAUGUACAAAUGCG